AUGAGAAUCAGCUCUCUGGAUCCAUCUUUAAGGAAAAUAGGGAAUUUGCCAAAAUUGAUAAAUAUAUCACUUGGUGAGAAUCAACUCUAUGGAUCCAUCCCUAAGGAGUUGGGAAAUUUGAAAUCUCUUCAAGGGCUAUGGUUGUAUUCAAAUAACCUUAGUGGUCAAAUCCCUAUAGAAAUAGGGAACUUGUCAGAGUUGAUAACUUUAUCACUAUCUGAGAAUCAGCUCUCUGGAUCCAUCCCUAAGGAGUUGGGAAAUUUGAAAUCUCUUCAAGUGCUAUGGUUGUAUUCAAAUAACCUUAAUGGUCAAAUCCCUACAGAAAUAGGGAACUUGCCACAAUUGAUAAAUAUAUCACUUGGUGAGAAUCAACUCUAUGGAUCCAUCCCUAAGGAGUUGGGAAAUUUGAAAUCUCUUCAAGUGCUAUGGUUGUAUUCAAAUAACCUUUGUGGUCAAAUCCCUACAGAAAUAGGGAACUUGUCAGAGUUGAUAAAUUUAUCCCUAAAUGAGAAUCAGUUCUCUGGAUCCAUCCCUAAGGAGUUGGGAAAUUUGAAAUCUCUUCAAGUGCUAGGGUUGCAUUCAAAUAACCUUAGUGGUCAAAUCCCUACAGAAAUAGGGAACUUUCCAAAAUUGAUAACUUUAUCACUAUCUGAGAAUCAGCUCUCUGGAUCGAUCCCUAAGGAGUUGGGAAAAUUGAAAUCUCUUCAAGGGCUAUGGUUGUAUUCAAAUAACCUUAGUGGUCAAAUACCUUCAAAAAUUGGAAACUUGUCAGGCUUGAUAACUUUAACCCUAUUUGAGAAUCAGCUCUAUGGAUCUAUUCCAACUGAGUUCAGUAAUCUCACUAGUUUGAAGAAUUUUCAAGUUAAUGAUAAUCAUCUCAUUGGUUCUUUGCCAGAGAGUUUGUGUCUUAGCGGGUCUCUAGAAACAUUAAUUAUUGAAAACAACAAAUUUAGUGGUAGACUUCCUAAAAGCCUCAAGAAUUGUACAACCCUUUACCGAGUCAGGCUUGAAAGCAAUGAGCUUUACGGAGACAUAUCAAAAGAUUUUGGGAUAUAUCCGGACCUAGAUUACAUAGAUUUGAGCUACAAUAACUUUUACGGUCGACUGUCAUCAAAAUGGGUUCUUUGUCCAAAACUUACUGCUCUGAAGAUGGCGGGCAAUCGAAUUUCUGGAAAUAUCCCACUUCAACUCGGCAAUGCAUCUCAACUGCGGUAUCUUGAUCUCUCAUCAAAUCAGCUGGUUGGAAGGAUUCCUGUAAGUUUGGGAAAGUUGAGUUUGUUAUAUAUGCUAAAGUUAGAUAGUAACAGACUUACGGGCAACAUACCAUUAGAAGUUGGGGAACUAUCUUGGCUUGAAGACCUAAAUUUAGCGUCUAAUAAAUUUGUUGACUCAAUUCCCCCACAAAUUGGAAGAUGUCAACGCUUAAUUACAUUGAAUCUGAGCAGAAAUAUGCUUGUGGGCAAGAUUCCUCCUGAUAUGCUAAGCUUGAAAUCCCUUGAAAAUCUUGAUCUCAGUCACAACAUCCUCUCUGCUCAGAUACCACCACAAGUUAGAGGAUUAACAAACUUACAGACAUUGGACUUAUCACACAAUAAUUUGUCAGGCUCCAUCCCAUCAAGCAUUGCUCAAUGUGCGGCUUUAGUUUCUGUUGAUAUAUCUUACAAUCAGUUGGAGGGUCCUAUCCCUAACACCAAAGCAAUUUUACAAGCACCAUAUUCCGCCUUAAGUGAUAACAAAGGUUUAUGUGGCAAUCAUUCCGGCUUAAACCCUUGCUCCUCGCUCAGCCAAAGUGACGGAAAAAACAGAAAUUUGGUUGUAAUCAUAUCAGUAGUCUUGGGAAGUUUCUUUCUAUUGACGGUGGUUAUUAUCAUUUUUGUUAUUUUUCGACGAAAAACGAGAAAUACAAGGGAGGAGCAAAGAGAUUUUACUAAUAGAGAUUUGUUCACAAUAUGGAGCUUUGAUGGAAAGAUGACAUAUGAAAGCAUAAUUGAAGCAACAGGGAACUUCGACUCUAGUUAUUGUAUUGGUGUAGGAGGGCAUGGAAGUGUGUUUAGGGCCGAGCUACCUAGUGGUCAGAUCUUUGCUGUGAAGAAGUUUCAUACAUUAGGCAUGCAAGAUGAUGAAAGCUGGCAUGAUCUCAAAAGUUUUUCCAAUGAGAUAAGCACAUUAACAAAUUUGAGGCAUCGAAAUAUUGUGAAGCUCUAUGGCUUUUGUGCUCACAAUAGACACUCAUUCUUGAUUUAUGAGUAUUUACAAGGGGGGAGUCUAGCACAAAUUUUGAGCGAUAAUGAGAAAGCACUCCUGUUGGGAUGGUUGGAAAGGAUAAAUGUGGUCAAAGCUGUGGCUAAAGCUUUAUCGUACAUGCACCAUGAUUGUUUACCUCCUAUUAUUCAUCGGGACAUAUCAAGCAAAAAUAUUCUGUUCAAUUCUGAGCAUGAAGCUCACGUAUCUGAUUUCGGGACAGCAAGAUUUUUGAGCCUUGAUUCAUCAAAUUGGACUUCAGUUGUUGGAACCAUGGGAUAUACAGCUCCAGAGUUUGCUUACACUGCUGAGGUAAACUACAAAUGUGAUGUGUAUAGCUUUGGAGUGGUAACACUUGAAGUGAUUAUGGGGAAACAUCCUGGAGACCUCAUUACAUGCCUUUCUUCAUCCUCGUUUUCAGCAAUUGAUGGAAUGCUUUUUAAGGAUCUGUUAGAUCCUCGACUACCUACUCCAAAAAGAAAUGUCACACAACAACUCGUUUUGGUUGCAAAGAUAGCAAUAUCUUGUAUGAAUUCCAAUCCACAAUAUCGGCCAACUAUGCAACAAGUUUCUAUGUUGCUUUCCAAGGAAAGGGAUUUUCCCAAUUUUUCCCCUGAUAUCACCUUAAGCCAGUUGUUUGGUCUUGAAUUUCCAAAUCAAUAAAGUUUUACACUAUUCAAGUUUGGAACAAUGUAUGUGGUUUUAACAUGAGGAUGCAUACGGAAGUAGGCAAUCUUGGAACCAGUACGUAGAUCGAUCAGAAACAAAUGUUUUCAAGUUUCUCAGUUGCUUCUAUAUCCAAGGAAAGAGAUCACAGUAAGGCAGGCAGUUGAAUUGUUUCGUCUGAAAUUUCCUACUAUACUCCAUUAAUUUCACACCAUUGAAAGUGAUGAAUUAGUCAAAGUUUAUAUAAAUCAUGGG